AUGGCGACCACAGUGCUACGCACGCCACGCAUGAGCUUCUUGCGACUGCAGGCGCCCAUCCAGGAGCAGCUGCGUAUCGAGGAAGCGCUCUUCCGUGCCGAGUCGCAGCGCAAUUGGUUCAUCUACAACGACAAGCACGAACCAGCCACGAUCGUCAUGGGCAUCUCGGGCAAACCCGAGCAGCUACUGCAUCAGGAGGCUGUCAGACGCGACGGCAUCCCGGUGCUCAAGCGCUUCAGUGGCGGUGGCACUGUAAUUGUCGACCACAAUACAGUCUUUACGACGUUCAUCUGUCGACAGGAAGACUUUCCACGGGUCAAGCCUUUUCCGCGAGAGAUCAUGGCGUGGUCACACGACUUUUUCUUGCCCUUUUUCUCGCGAGUGUGUCGCGAUGACCUGAAGUUCUCGCUGCGAGAAGACGACUAUGUGUUCAACGAUCGCAAGUUUGGUGGCAAUGCCCAGAGCCUAUCAAGGGGCCGCUGGCUGCACCACACUUCGUUCUUGUGGGACUUUGAUCCAAAGAACAUGGAGUAUCUAACUCAUCCAGCUCGACAGCCAAAGUACCGUCAGCAGCGCAGCCACCUCGAGUUCCUGUGCCCGCUAAAAGAUAUGCUGAAAACGGAAUGCGCGAAUCGCGAGAAGUUCCGAAACGAGCUUCGCGCGGAGCUUGCACGCAACUUUGAGAUUGAAGAUGUGGCGCUGGCGGAUAUUGCACCCAUCCUGGAGAAAGAGCAUCGCAAGUCUACUCACUUUGUACAUCCCUAG